AUGGGGACUUUCGCUGUUGCCUCUUAUUUCAAUCUCAAUGAUGAUGAUAUUAGCCUUCCACCGGACAUAUCGGAAGCCCAAUGGAAAGAAAGUACAAUACAUAAUCUGGCAAGCAAGCCCGUAGGGAUGAAAAAGCGCACCACCAAAGCCGACCAGCCACCAAGGCGGGACGUUUGGAUGGAGGCUGUGAUGAAUACCCUGUAUAAAUUACUGAUCAACGAGUGA